AUGCCUGCCCCAGGAUAUAAGGCAAUUGAAGAUUAUGGCAUUAUCGGGGAUAUGCACACGGCUGCUCUCGUUAGCAAGGAGGGAAGUAUGGACUUUCUCUGUUGGCCCGUCUUUGACUCGCCAUCAGUCUUCUGUCGGCUGCUAGACAAAGAUAAAGGCGGUCACUUCUGCAUCCAUGCCAAUAUCCCGCAUGAUGGGAUGCCUCUGAGUAAGCAGAGAUACCUCCCUUAUACAAAUAUCCUGGAAACCCGAUGGAUCCAUGAGCAGGGAGUCCUCAACCUGACGGACUUUUUCCCCGUUUCCAACCACAAGUCCCCCCAGUCUGACAGACACUUGUCCGGAUACUGUGCCUGCACCGAGCCAGGCGGCAACCGCUGGAAGACUGGUGCCAAGCAUUCGGGGAUCAUCCGUCGAGUGGAAUGUAGUCGAGGUACCAUGGGUGUCAAGGCGGAAUUGUUCCCCGCAUUCAAUUACGCCCAGGAUGGUCACACUGUUCGCUGCAACCUCCAGCCCGAGGAAGCAGACAAGCAUGCGCAGACUGUAUACUUUGAAUCACCCCAAGAACGGCUUCAAUUGGACAUCUGGGUGGACAACAAAAGAGAGGGACAAGGUUCCCCCCGAGCUACGUACCGCCUCGAGAAUAGAUCAGGUCAUUUGGGUCAAGGUCUUGUCGUUGAUAUGGAGAUCCAGGAAGGACAGUCCAUGAUCUUUGUCCUCCAUAGUCCUGAGAAAGCUCUACCGGGUCCUACGCAGCUUGCCUCUUACCUCUCACGACUUGAGUCAGAGACCUUCCAGUUUUGGACUGACUGGAGCCACAAGUGCACAUUCCGCGGCCACUAUCGCGAGACUGUAGAGAGAAGUCUCCUCAUUCUGAAGUUGUUGACCUACAAACCUACGGGAGCCGUUAUAGCAGCGCCAACAUUCUCACUACCAGAAAACAUCGGCGGCUCUCGUAACUGGGACUACAGAUACUCCUGGGUCCGUGACACAUCCUUCACUCUGUAUGCAUUUCUGAAGAACGGCUACGACGAAGAAGCCGAAGCAUACAUUACCUUCAUCUUCGACCGUGUCUUCCCGCCCUUGACCCAAAAGGAGUAUACAAAGGAGUCAAACCGGCCCUUCUUGCCGAUAAUGUUCACAAUCAGAGGAGACUCUGAAAUCCCAGAAUUUGAACUAAACCACAUGGACGGAUAUCGCGGUAGCAAGCCCGUCCGUAUCGGCAACGCGGCAGCCUUCCACACACAGCUGGACAUUUACGGUGAACUCAUGGACAGUAUCUACAUGUACAGCAACCACGCCAAACCAAUCCAGUACGAUCAAUGGCUCGGCAUUCGUCGCAUGAUCAAUUACGUGAUCCAAGUCCGCGAUGAACCGGACAUGUCCAUUUGGGAAGUCCGCGGUAAACCGCAACACUUUCUCUACUCCAAAAUGCUCCUCUGGGUUGCGCUCGAUCGCGGCGUGCGUUUAGCAGACAGGCAUUCCACACUCCCCUGUCCCGAUAAGCAGCAAUGGAUCCGCGUCCGUGAUGAUUUGUACGACGAAAUUAUGGACAAGGGCUUCAACGAGGAGAAGGGAUUCUUCUGCCAGAGCUAUGAGAACACUGAAGUCGUCGAUGCGGCCCUCAUGAUUGCGCCGUUGGUGCUGUUUGUGGAGCCGAAUGAUCGGAGGUUUUUGAGUACGCUGGUUAAGGUGUUGGAACCGCCCGAGAAGUCGGGGUUGACGAGUGCCAGUAUGGUGUUUAGAUAUGAUCAUGAGAAGGCUCAAGAUGGCGUCGGCGGCCGCGAAGGGGCCUUUAUCAUGAUCACCUUCUGGGCUAUAGAGUCCAUGUUCCGGGCAUCAAAAUACACCGACACCCUCCCCAACGGUGACGACAUCCGACGCAAAGCAAUCGCCAGCUUCGACAACGUGCUCUCCUUCGCGAACCACUUGGGAAUCUUUUCCGAAGAAGUGGCCAUCAGUGGCGAGGCAAUGGGCAAUGUGCCGCAGGCGUUUAGUCAUUUGUCGUGUAUCAGUGCUGCGAUGAAUUUGCCUGAGGUUCGUCAUUAG